AUGGCACCAAAAGACCCGACCACCCCCAAGUCCAAGGGUACCAAGGCUGCAAAGGGAGGAGUCGUGAAGCGAACCCCCGUGAAGAGCUCCCCGGAUCUGGUUUUCCUGUGGAAAUGUGUGAAGAUGUCUACCGGCAUGAAGAUUGACUGGGCUGCCAUCGCCAAAGAUGCCGGCAAGCCGGCAGGUACCGUCCAGAAGCAAUACUCCCGACUUAACAUCAAGAUGGAGAGUUAUCUCGCCAAUACUGCUUCAGGCUCUGCAGAUGCCACCGACGAGAACAACGAGAAGGAUAUCCAGACCGGCGAACUCAACGAAUCUGAGUAA